CGAUGGCCAUGAGGUAUUCAUGGCCCCUAUGGGGGCACAUGACAGGUCACCAUGAGGGGAGAUGGUGGCCAGGGGAGAUGAGGGGCAGCUGUGAGGGUGGGUCACAGCCUUGAGGGACAGCUGCGAGGGCAGAUCAUGAGGAAAGAUGAGGGGUUGGCCACGAAGGAUAACGGGCAGUGGUCAUGAGGGGUGGCCACAGGAGAUGAGAGUCAUCAGCCAUGAGGGACAGCUGUGAGGGGUGGCCAUGGGCACGUGAGAGGCUGUUAUGUGGAGAUGAAAGUGGCCAUGAGGGUCAGCCAUCGAGGUGAGACAGCCCUGAGGGGCAGCCAUGGCAGUGACAGACAUGGCAGCCAGGGCUGUGAGGGGAAAUCAUGAGGGGUAGCCAUGAGGGGCUGUGGCCAUAAUGGGACCUGAGAAGUGGCCUCAGGGACAUGAGAGGUGGCUCUGUGGGGAGAGAUGAGGGUGGCCAUUGGGAGAUGAAAGGUAUACCUGAGGAGAGAUUAUGAGUGGAGGCAAGGGUUGUUGUGAGAGGCAAUGGCCAUGGAGUGUACGGGGAGAUGGUAGGAGAUGAGGGCUGGCUGUGAGGGGUGGCAGCUAUGCAGUGUGAGGGACCACCUUGCCGGGAGAUGAGGGGACAGCCACUCUGAGGAGCAGGUACCCCCAAGAGCACCCACCAGCUCCUUCCCCAAGAGCGGCUGGUGCUCACUGCUAUUCGGUCCUGCCUGUCCCCAGCUCCACUCCUUGCCUGGAGUAGUAGCCGGCCUUGGUGCAGGGCUGAGCAUCGCUGGGAUGAUGUCAAGGAAGUGUGCAGUGUCCUCCCAGCCCCUGGCGUGUCUGCCUUGCAAUGCUACCGUUUGCGUGUUGCAGCAGCACAGCUCCAUGGAACAAACUCCCUCCCAAUGUACGUGAGAUCACCAGGCGAGGGAUUUCAUAGAAUAGUUUGGGUUGGAAGGGACUUAAAGAUCAUCUAGCUCCACCCGCCCUGCAAUGGGCAGGGACACCUCCCACUAGACCAGGCUGCCCAGGGCCCCAUCCAACCUGGCCUUCAACACCUCCAGGGAUGGGGCAUCCACAACUUCCUUGGGCAACCUGUUCCAGCGCCUCACCACUCUCAUUGUAAAGAAAUUCUUCCUUAAGACUAAAUCUGCCCCUCUCCAGUUUAUACUCAUUCCCCCUCAUCCUAUCCCUACCAGUCUUUGUGAACAAGCCUUUCAUAGGCACCUGCCCUCAUCUGCAUAUGUAAUAACUCACUGUUCAUCUUAACAGGUAUUGAGAAGUGACUUAAGAGACCCAAGUCUGCACAGCUUGUGAGGGAAUUUAGGAGCAUUGAUGGAAGCAGAAGAUUUUAGCUCCCGUUUGGGUGCUUUGGAUUUGUUGAAGAUGGCGAGUAUGCUGUCCAGGCGCCUGGGGAAGCGCUCCCUGCUAGGCACCCGUGUCUCUGCCCCUGGUGUCCUGGCUGAUGGGGUGCUGGUGGCCACCCAGAUCCCCAGCUUUCAGCCUGACCUUGGCCGAGCAUCUGUACACACAGUGCCACAAGAGGAUGGAUCCUGCAUGCCAUCAGUGGAGGAGAGCAGCCAGGUACCCAGGUGCCCCAGCCACCAGCAGCUCAACGACGGACAGCAAGUUCUCGUUACCUACAGCGGGCAGGAGUGCAGCGGUCUCGUGGAGCAGCACAACCCGCUGGGUGACAAGGUGAAGAUGCUGCUGCCAGAGCAGGGCUUGCAGGCAUGCUGGAGGGUACAGGACAUGCGGCCAGCUGCGCUUCAGCCCCCCACCCUGCCCACAGCCAGUGGUCCUGGCCCUGCUGAAGUGCUGCAGAGAUCCGUAUCCAGCAAUAUCGAUGUACCCAAGAGGAAAGCCGACGCUACUGUGGAGAUGGACGAGAUGGUGGCAGCCAUGGUGCUGACGAGCCUCUCCUGCAGCCCUGUGGUGCAGAGCCCUCCUGCCAGUGACAGCGGUAUCCCCCCCUCACGGGUGGCAUGUGAUCCCUGGAAGGAGAGCGGUGAUGUCUCGGACAGCGGCAGCAGCACCACCAGCGGGCACUGGAGUGGGGGCAGUGACAUCUCCACCCCCUCUCCCCCCCACCCCGCCGGCAGCCCCAAAUACUCCAGCGAGGCCCUGAGCUCCCCCCAGGCAGAUGACGGCUUCGAGACUGACUCCGACCCUUUUCUCCUUGAUGAACCCGCUCCACGCAAGAGAAAGAAUUCAGUGAAGGUGAUGUACAAGUGCCUGUGGCCAAGCUGUGGCAAGGUCCUGCGCUCCAUCGUUGGCAUCAAGCGUCAUGUAAAGACCCAGCACCUUGGGGAUGGUGCAGACUCUGACCAGCGGAAGCGGGAGGAGGAUUUCUACUACACGGAAGUGCAGGUGAAGGAAGAGCCAGCGCCGGAGGCAGCCACUGCCACCAGCCCCACAUCCGCGUCUGCCCCCAUCGUCAUCCAGCAAUCCCUGGCAAAGCCAGAGGCACUGCUCGUGGAGCAGCCAGUGCUGGAGCCCGCCCUGGCCAGCAGCGCCCUGAGCCAGUCUGCCCCCAGCUCCUUCUGGCACAUCCAGGCAGAUCAUGCCUACCAGGCAUUGCCCUCGAUACAAAUUCCAGUGUCCCCCCACAUCUUCACCAGCAUCAGCUGGGCUACUGCCACCUCGACUCUCCCGUCCCUGUCACCGGUGCGGAGCCGGUCACUCAGCUUCAGCGAACCCCAGCCACCAACGCCAAUGCUCAAGUCUCACCUGAUUGUCGCCUCGCCGCCCAGGAUGUCCAUCGGCGCCAGGAAAGUCCGUGGUGAAGCCAAAAAGUGCCGUAAGGUAUACGGCAUUGAGCACCGGGAUCAGUGGUGCACAGCCUGCCGGUGGAAAAAAGCUUGCCAGCGCUUCCUGGACUGAGAACAGCACUGCAGUGCUGCGUCCCUCCCCUGCUCCUGCCCGCGGAGCACUGGAGUCCCUCACUGCUGCAACCAGGGACCUUGGAGGUGCCUCCUGUGACCCCAGAAGACACCUCCAGAGCUGCGUGUAAAUUCCUCCUCCUCCUGUAUAUUUUACAGCUGCUGGGUUUGCUCUUUUUGUAAAGACCUUUUUUCCAACUUCUUUCUUUUUUUAAAACCUGAAGAAUAUCUCCCUUUGUGCGGUAAAAGCUGGGAGGGAAGGAAGCCGGUGCCUCGAGGUUCAGGGGAGAUUGUAGGCAAUCUGGGGACCAAAGAGCUUCCUGCAUUUCCCAGAUCAGCCCUAAAACCUCCUGAACCAUCGCAGUGUGACUGGGUGAGAAAUUGAGGCAGCUUCCCGUCUCCUUUGACUACCUAGAAAGUGCAAAUCCCUCGUACCCUUUAAGGGAGGGGGUUGGUGACACAGCUUUAAAAAAGAAAUCCUGUUGGAUUGCCACAGGCAAGGCAGGAGUGGGUCUCAAGGCAGGACUUAGAGGUUUCUCUCCUUGCCUCGAUGUCAUCUUUGCUCAUGUCACAUGACAGCAUUAGCCUGAACGUAUGUGUUCCUCUGACCGGUUCCAUUGCAUCAGUUUUGGAGGCUUUUUGAGGGGAAAACCCCUCAUGGGGUUUUUAAUUUUAAUCAGGAAAACUACGAGGAAUUUUAAAACAAAACCUAGUGUUCUUCUUAUUUCAGGCUUUGUAAGGUGGCUUAGUUCCAUGAAAUACCUGCAUUGUGGCCCUCUCUGUGGAUUUCCAAACCAGGCUGAGCAGUUUUAUUUUGUAAUUAAUGGUUCCACCGGUAAAGGCAGCUGGUGGACUGGGAAUGGCUUUCCCUUACCGUCCUCUGGCCCCAGUUCAGCAAAACACUUCAGGAUUUGCUUUCAGAUCCCAUUGAGCCUGUUGGGAGUCAGUUUUCCAACUUCCAUUCUUUAAAACCUGGAUUCACCCAGCCCUGAUUGUUGCUGCUUUCCUGUCACUGUGACGGCUGUCCCACGUACACCAGCACUGCUGGUGGGGCGUUGCACUUGCUGUCAGGUGGGAUGCGUGCAGCCAGAGAGCUGGAUUACUCAGUUGGCUUUCUCCCUCACUGGGAUUUGGAUUUGCAUUACCUAUCUGCUACGUUCUUGAUAAUCAUAGGCCGUAACCUGUAGCCAUUGAGCCGAGAGCAGUCACUGCACAUGGCCUGGGCCGGGGGUGCUUUUAAAACUCAGCUUUCCCUAUAAAAGUGAAUCAGGUGGCUGGGAGAGUCUGAUAUUGUUCCCAGAUUGAUGUGAGCCCUGUUGUCGGGUUUGGGUAGGCAGGCAAAACGAGUUGAUACCUAUGUAUGUGUUACGGUGCUUGUCAAUGUGUUUGGGUAUGUUUUUUGUUGUUGUUCGUUCGUAACUUUGUACAUAUGAACAGUCUAUCAUCCUGCAACCCGAUCUUCUCUCCGCUAUCCAGCUGGUGGAUGCAAACUUUGGAAAGCAGGAGCACAACUCCCUAGGCAGGGUGCGAUCCUUCGGGGUUAAGGCAGUUAAGUCUGGCAGGCCUGCCUCAAAUCUCCUGGGAGGGAAGAGGCUCCUGGAGAGCCACUGUGUCCAGUUCCCAUCCCUGGUGUUAGGAGCAAAACGUCGGGACAAUCUUUUUCCUCUCCCAGCAGUGUUGGAGACUCUGCAGGUUCCCGAGUUGAGUGUUUUAUGGCAAGAAUGACUUCCCAAAGCGUGUCGCAGGGUGGAGCUCCGCAUCCACAGCUCUGCUAACAUUCGUUGCGAGGGGGCGGGGUGGUUGCACUACUCAAAAAUAGAUAUUUUUUUUAAUUAAAAAGACCCUGCUCCUUUGCUGCUCUCCAGUGCCCAAAUAGCUGAGCCGGUGAUAUCUGUCCUGCAUCCACAGAGCUCAGUGUGUUUUUCCUUUUGGGAAAGGUCCUGCAGUGCUAGGGUGCAGGCAGGUUUUUGGUAAUGCCAGAGGUGAUGGUUGCUUUUGGAUCAGGCACUUUGGGAAGUCACACAUUUUUCUUUUCCAAAACUCGUCUCAAAGCAGUGCCCAGAGCAUAGAAGGGAAAAAAAAACCCCAAAUAGGUAGAUUUGUGCUUUCCUCAGACCUUGUGCCUUUGCCCCGCAGCUCAGAGACACACAGGCAGGACCAGAGAGUUGACCUCUAUACUUUUUAUGCUCUUUCUGCCCCAGACGGCAUCGGCCAGGGCCAGAUUUGGGCCAGCACUGGCCGAACACAGCUCUGCUCCCAGCAAAAUCACUCAGGAAAUGUCAAAUAAGCCAUCAAGGGUCGACAUCAGGGUGUAGCAUCACCCCAGCUUAGGGAUGUCAUCCCCUCAGACCCAGGGCCUAGCAUUGGGCACCUCAGCCCUUCCAGGCAUAGAGGUCAGGGUUUUGACAGGUAGGAGCUUGGAUGUCUGGAAAACGAAGGAAAAAUUUUGGCUUUUUUGUUAAAGAUGCUUUUUUAUAUGAAAAUAUAAAAAUGAAGAAAAAGGCACCACUGGACAUAUUUUGCCAGAUCCCCAGGCAAUUAUGGGGAUGCAGCUCCCACUGCUCCUCACGGUGCCACGUCCUCCCGCAACAUACAGCACUUACUGCCUGGCAGCCAGCAGGGAUCAUCUCCUUUAGGAAUAUUUUAUAUCCAGGUUGUUUUGCAGGGAGUCAGGAGGUGCGUAUAGCUUCUUUUCUAAUGGCUUUGCGGUACAGAUUUAACAGGACAAAAUUGUCCUUGUGUUCAUGGCUCUUUUCCAUUGGGUUUUGAUUUUUAACAGAGAAACUUGGGCAGGGUGGGGUGGGUUUUUUCCUUCUGGUUUGGGAGUAUUUUGGAUUUUUUACACUUUUUAAAAGCAAAACCUGCAUAUUUUUCCAGGGUUGAUAGCAGGCAUUCAUCACAUCUGUCGGAUCAGCUGGCACUGGAUAAAGAAUUUUUGUCCCUUUCCCUUUUAUUUCCCUUUCCUAUUAUUUUUUAACUAACUUCAAGCUGCCGCCUGGCGUUGGACUUUUCCUUCUGACACUCAAAUCUCACUGGUCUCACCUCUUCGGCCCCAACCACGGGUAACCACCACCUGUAAAUCCAGCUUGGAGAGUUUUCCCUUAUCCAUCUGGCUGUCUCCUGGAGCAUGUCUGUGUAUGUAUAUAGGAACCUCUUAAUCGGGCACUAAUAAAUGAGCGGCUGCUCCCCGCUUUCCAGCCAGGACACCACUGCCAGUGGGGGGCAGCUGGUUUAGCACAGGGUGGUCCCGGUGCCAUCGGCCGGAGAUUUCAUGAAGGUGUUGGGAGCGGGAAGGGGCUGGGGGCACUCGUCGCGGGGGCCGUGCCCCUGUGGGGACACCGACUACCCAGAGACUGUGCUGUAUCAAGUGGAUUUUCUGUUGUCUUGGAGGUUUUCUCAGCUGUCUUCCAAGUAUUAUUUUUAUUGUUAAAAAAAAAAAGAGGAAAAAAUGGUUAAAAAAAUGAAAAUGCAAAUGUGAAAUAUAAUUUUUACAGCAGCAAUAUGAAAUAUAUUUUAUAAGAAAUAA